AAAAAAAACUGUCUUUUUCCUUCAAGAACAAUCCUUUUCCUAUCUUCUCUUCUGUGUUUUGUCUUCUUGAAAUUUUCCGCGAAAAAACCUCAAAUUUCACGCAAUCAGAUCUUCAAUUUCGAGCUCGGGUCUCUCGGAGUGACUUUAGGGUUUUUAGAAAAUGUUGGUGCAGAGAAGAGUAAUGAGCUGGAGAAGAGUUUGGAAGUCGUUUCAAGCUCUUCUGGCUCAUGGUCUGCUCUUCUCCUUCACGCUUCUUCUCGCUCUCAAGCUUGAUCAUGUCGUCUCUCGUUCAUGGUGGUUUAUAUUUACACCGUUGUGGCUGUUUCAUGCGGUGAUUGCUCGUGGUAGAUUCUCUCUGCCUGCUCCAUCUAUGCCUCAUGAUCGGCAUUGGGCUCCUUUUCAUUCUGUCAUGGCAACGCCACUGCUUGUUGCUUUUGAGAUCCUCCUCUGUGUUCAUCUUGAAGAUCAAUAUGUUGUUGAUUUGAAGAUUGUAUUCUUACCGUUGCUUGCAUUCGAGGUAGCGAUUUUGGUAGAUAAUGUCAGGUAUUCUAUCAACGUUUUAAGAAUGUGCAGGACACUCAUGCCUGGAGAUGAAGAAACUAUGAGCGAUGAAGCCAUUUGGGAAACACUCCCUCACUUCUGGGUUUCCAUAUCAAUGGUUUUCUUCAUCGCCGCCACAACCUUCACUCUUCUUAAAUUAUGUGGUGAUGUAGCUGCGUUGGGAUGGUGGGACUUAUUUAUAAACUUUGGAAUAGCAGAGUGCUUUGCGUUUCUUGUAUGUACAAAAUGGAGCAACCAGUCAAUCCAUAGGUACACACACGUACCGGAACCAAGCUCAUCUUCAAUGGUAGUGAGAUACCUGGACUGGAACAGAGGUUUAGUUGUGACCGCCGACGAAGAGAAUCAGCACAGUAAUAGAAUUUGCGGUCUCCAAGAUAUUGGCGGACAUGUUAUGAAGAUCCCGUUCAUCACCUUUCAGAUUAUCCUUUUCAUGCGUUUAGAGGGGACGCCUCCUUCUGCUAAAAACAUUCCUAUUUUAGUUCUGUUUGUGCCUCUUUUUCUGCUGCAAGGAGCUGGAGUGCUGUUUGCUACAUAUAGGUUGGUGGAGAAGUCUGUUUUGUUGAUAACUAGUGGUGGUGGUUCUUACGGAAGAUACUUUACUGCUACUUCAUCAGCUCGUGAGUUCUUGGGAUUCUUUCAACAUGGUGCAAGGUUACUUGGGUGGUGGUCUAUCGAUGAAGGAAGUCGAGAGGAACAAGCUAGGCUCUACUCUGGAGAAGCCACCGGAUACAACACAUUCUCACCAGAGGUUGUGAAGAAGAUGCCAAAGUCUGAUCUUGUUGAAGAGAUAUGGAGACUACAAGCUGCGUUGAGUGAGCAAACAGAUAUCACCACUUAUAGCCAGCAAGAGUACGAGAAGCUUCAAAACGAGAAGAUUCUGUGCAGAGUUUGCUUUGAAGAUCCCAUCAACGUGGUUCUACUCCCUUGUAGACAUCACGUCCUCUGCAGCACGUGCUGCGAGAAAUGCAAGAAGUGUCCGAUAUGUCGUGUCCUGAUUGAGGAACGCAUGCCUGUAUACGAUGUGUAGAUUUUCAGACGACCGUAAUGAAGAUAUAAACAUUCUUCUUCUUCUCGUUCGUUGCGUGUUUGUUUUUUCUGUUUUUUAGUGAUGAAGCAAGCAUUUAUAAAUAAUAUAUGCAACACCUUGGAAUCCGAUUGUUUUUUCCCAUUGUAUGUAGAUAAAAUAUUGUAAGCCAUCGUCGUACAUGUCAAUCAUCAACCUUUAGCA